AGCAGACGUCAUCGGCGAUUUAAAAUUUCAAAACAGCUGCUUUUUGUCGUGAACGUGUGUUCCUGGAGCCUGCUACAAUCUUAGAGGGAACAAUGGAGGCUUUAGGAGAGCGUCUGAGGCUGAUGGUGAAAACUGUAAGGAGAGAGUGCCACAGGGUUUUAGAGUCUGAGAGGACCACCAUUCAUGGAGCUGAUAGCAUGCUGAUGGUGCUGCAGCUGGCCAUGGCAGAAGUGAAUAAACAGCACAGCGGAGAGUUCAAAGUGGCUCUGAGUGAUGUCCUGAUGGCCUGGAAACACUUACUGUUAGGCAAACUUCACCUGCCACCCCCCAACUUUGCACGCUUGGAGAACUAUGAUCUCAUCCUGGAGGCAUAUGAAUCCUUUCUGAAACGCUCCAACACCGUGGACCUGGUUGAUAUCCUCUCCAUGUACAAACAGCUGAGACUAGUGGACUCUGAUCCAGAGGAGCCUGUGAGCCCGAUCCAGCUGUUUGAGUUCCUAUCAGGCAACACGGAGGUCUCAGAGUUGCCAGAUUCCUCAGUGCCGUCAACACCGUCUAGUAAAGGCAGGCCCUGCAGCUCACAGGUGAAAAUGGCAGUGAGAAGGGUUUUCUGCUCCUACCUCAAUUUGCUUGUGAACACCAAGGAUGACAUGGCUUUGGCCCUAACUCUCGACGUCCCCAGUCGCACACUUGGACGACAGGAAUUUACUGACAUCAAGCAUGCUGCGCAGAACAACAACACUUCUCUCUUCUUGGCUGUGACAUCUUUUGUGAGGGCCAUCCAGCUCGGAGGGAAGGGCUAUGCUCCAGCUGAGUCUGACCCACUGAGGAAACAUGUCAAAGGCCUGUCUGACUUUGUCCAGUUUCUAGACAACCUGGAAGAAAUACUGGGGGAGAUUCCUGACCCAAGUGUAUGUGGAGCUAGGCUGGUGACUGCCAUCAGGGCAGUCCUGGUGAAGGGACGCAGCAGUGGAGAAGAGUUUUUCGCUGCAGCUGAAGAGACAACAAAGGAGCUGAAGGAGAGGAUCUGCCAGAUCCACCAGAUCCAGAAACAGACAACUAAUGGAAGCAAUACGGGGAUAAGCCCUGCCAGGCCUAAAGCUUAUGCGGUCAAUCACGCCACUGCAUACGGAGGUCGAGACACCAUUAAGGUGCUGAUGGCACUCCUGGACGAAGAAGCCCUGACUCCUCCGUGUCAGAACAAGGCAGACCUGCUGUCUGAGGAUCAGCCUGUCCUCAAUGGAGCUGAGGGAACAUGUGUCCUCACGUUAUUCAGAUCCCCUGAAGUGUCUACUGGAUGUUCUCCAGAACCCCUAAGGAACCGAGUCCAGAGCCGACUAGACCUGCUCAAACCCAAGGCCACCGACAGAGUCAUCCGAUCCCAGUUUGCUUGCACAUACAAAGAUGAAGAGCUGCCACUCAACCGUGUGCUGGAGUUCCCCAGCACCAGCCAAGUUCCCACAUGUGUGCACCCAGCACCUAAACUCAAAACUACCCCCAACGUGGAUGAGGAGUGCAGCUCUGAUGUGAAGGGCAAAGCAACAGCCAAGCCUACCUCUGAAUGUCCAAAUAAGGAGCAGAGCAGUGUACAGCAGGGGGUUGCUCUUGAGCCAAGAAGUGGAAAUGCCCAAACCAGAGGUGCAGGCCCUGGCAAAAGAAAGAAAACUGGCAUUCAGAUACAAAGCAAGGGCAACAAGAGGAAGCAGGUGGAUUCUGACCAACAUGAAGAAUCAGAGAACCAGCCUCCAGAGAAGAAACAACUUGCUAAUGUCUCUGUCAAGAUGCCUGGUAAAAAUGUCAACAAGGCCUCAAGUAAGAAGAAGCUAAUAGCUGGACAGGGAAAGCUAACUAGCUUCUUCAGAGUCUAAUCAUCAUUUGCACUAAUGUCAUGGACUUUCAGUCAAAUGCAGUUUAUGCAAAGCAGCUGAGUAAAGUUCAGUUGUUCUCUCCCACUGAUAAAAUUGUUAAUGCUGCUUAUGAUCAUUUCAGUCUAGCUAAAAUCAGUAGACUUUUUUAAUUUAGUUAUUUAUCAUCAGAAUGAAGGUUUAUGUGUUUACUUAUUUUCCUUUUUCCCCAAGAGUCUGAUGAGAAGAUAUUUGGUGGUAGGGAUCAACAGCUAGUGUAGCACUGUCAAACAAGAUGUAUAAUGUUAAAUUAGUACAAAUUACGGACUUGAACGCAAAUUUUUAUUAAACUUUGGACUGAGCCAGUGUAGCCAUUUCCCCCAAUUGUUUGUGCCAAACUAUGCGAACCAGCUGCCAGCAGUAGCUUCAUAUGUAGCACACAGAUUUAACAGGGGAUUUUUUGUUACCUUUAAACAGAGCCAAAUAUCUAUUUCCUGUCUUUAUACUUGCUAAGUUAAUUAACUACUAGCAGUAGUAUCAAUACUCUUGACAGUUAAAGUGAACAAGUAUAUUUCCCAAAAUGUCCAACCAUUCCUUUGUUAAGUCUAUAAAAUAUCAAGAGGGUGGCAAAUAACAAAUUUCCAGAACCAUGUCCCGUCCAUUGUCCACUUUAAAAAGGUGUUUCUUUAUAUUUGAGAAGUUGGAAACGGCAAAUGUCUGCAAUUUCUGUUUGGUAGAGGACUUUAAUGAUUCACUGAUUUUGAAAAAUGGAUUCAUUUUCUGACAAUCUCUGCAACAUGAAUAGACCAAUUUGGUCAUCAAGACAUGAUCCUUCUUUUCGUUAUUACUUGUAUAGUCUAUUUAACCUGUAAAACGCCACAAUGAAAUCAACACUGUAAAUAUAAUGCAGGCUUUUAAUUUUUAAUAAACUUUUAUUUUGUUUUUCA